CUGCAUACAUAGCUGAUACGCCACCUACUGCAAAACUGAGCUGACAGUCCAUGCAUUGCUAGCAGCAUUUCCAUUCCAUCACCGUGCCGGAGCUGAAUAAAGGUGCUUUUAAAUACCUCUUUUCAAGCAAACAAGAACCGGACAAAGCAGCUGUCUUUUUACUCUGCCUUAGAGAAUGGAGCGAAAGAUAAACAAAAGAGAAAAGGAAUAUGAAGAAAGACACAGCAACUCUGAGGGCUCUGAUCAAGACAAGAACUGUAAAAUGUCUCUGAUUACCCUCAAUGUUGGUGGAUAUCUGUAUAUUACACAGAAGCAAACACUAACCAAGUACCCAGACUCUCUUCUUGAAGGUGUGGUAAAUGGAAAAAUUCUGUGUCCAUUUGAUGCAGAUGGCCAUUACUUCAUAGACAGGGAUGGACUCCUUUUCAGGCACAUUCUGAACUUCCUACGAAAUGGAGAACUUCUUCUACCAGAGGGGUUUCGAGAAAAUCAACUUUUGGCACAAGAAGCAGAUUUUUUUCAGCUCAAGAUUUUAUCUGAUGCAGUGAAAUCAAGGUGGGAGAAAGAACAGCUAGCAUCCAGAGAGACUACUUUCCUGGAAAUAACUGACAGCCACGACCGUUCACAAGGUCUUAGAAUCUUCUGUAAUGCUCCAGAUUUCAUAGCCAAAAUCAAAUCUCGAAUUGUGCUAGUAUCCAAAAGCAGGCUUGAUGGAUUUCCAGAGGAGUUUUCAAUAUCUUCAAAUAUUAUUCAAUUUAAAUACUUCAUAAAGUCUGAAAAUGGUACACGACUUGUACUGAAGGAGGACAACACCUUUGUCUGCACCCUGGAAACUCUUAAGUUUGAAGCUAUAAUGAUGGCUUUAAAAUGUGGAUUUAGACUGCUGACCAGUCUGGAUUGUUCCAAAGGGUCAAUUGUUCACAGCGAUGCACUUCAUUUUAUCAAGUAAUUACAAAGACAAAGGCAACGAGCAUGCAGCCAAGUAAACCUCAUUUAACUACAGCACCCAGGCAUCACAAAUAAUGUAUCUAACUAGCCUUGUACCACAGAGCUCUGCUGCUAAUCAAUUAAUGUGACCUAAUGGUAUGUAAAUUCCAUAAUAACAUUCAUCUCUGAGUUAUUUGUGCUGAACAAGAAUUUUAUGCCUAAAUUUAAUAAUAAAAAAAAAAUGGCUAAACAUUGUAAAUCCAAAUCAAAUACUGCUAUUUGCAUAUGUUUCCUUCAUGCUGCCUUUCAUCCAGAGAGUGUAGCUGAAACGGUUCUGUGUACUUGUAUGACUAACAUGCCUACACCUUAUUGUUCAGCUGAACAGUGGUGGAAGUAUUUUCAUUUAAUAUCCAAGCUUAAAAAUGUUUUGCUUAUGAAAAAAUUCACACUGGAUUUUAACUGGAAUAAAACAUUUCGAGUGUUCAUUACAGUUUCUGCAAAUCUAUUAAAAACAAAUUUUACUAAAAUGCAAUGAGACUAAAAAGGUUUAAAAGGCAUCAACUUGAUUUUGAAAUUAAACACCUAUGAUUCUACAGCUCACAUACUUGAAAACAAAUUAGUGACCAAGUUGUGAAUUUGAUGAGGAUUAUCAACGAAAAUGCCUACACAAAAACUAGCACAGCUUUC